GAAGCCUCGAUGUUUUUUUGAUGAACAAAGACUAAAAAAACAAACCAUUGUACAUGUUAGAAUUUAUCUGAACUAAAAUUUUCUUGUGCACAAUGAGGUAGUCAUUUAAUAAAGUUAAAGUUCUUGACAUCCCCUCGUUUCUUUUGAAAUUGGAAGUUUAUCCCCAAAAUUUAUACGGAUUGUUCUACAAAAGAAAUAAAACUUAUUGUGGGCUUUCAUUAAACAAAAUCCCUUAUCGCUGCCGCUGAGGUAUACAAUGAAACCGUUCGAUCUCAACAUCUCUUUCCGUUCGUGCUAAUUGUCGUUUUUUCUACUUCAUUCUUGAUUCCACUCGUUAUCGGCUUUCUCCGUCUGUGGCGCCUCAGCUUCGAGCAAUGGUACUCACCAACUUCAAUGGAGCUGGCGUUGGAUUCGGAAUGCCUUUGAACUUCUUGGGCCUUGGCGCGGGUGGUGGGUGUGGCGUUGGAUUAGGACUUGGAUGGGGAUUUGGCACAGCUUUCGGGAGUAAGUAUCGGUCCUCAAGGAUGAUAUUUCAGGGAAUGGAAUUUGACAACAAGGAUCAAAAUCAGAGUUAUGAUAUGAAGGACUCAAAAGAUUUAUCCAGAAAUUCCAGAAAAGUUUGAGCUUAAUAGCUAGUUUAAAUCCUUUGAACUCUUUUUGGAUGGAAUUGUGACAACAUCUGAUCGUAUACUUGCACCGCACUACAUCUGAUUGUAUAGAAAUUACCUUUCUUUUGUCCACUAAUUUUUCAGAAAAACAGUAAAGUUUAUAAAUCUCUUAACCGUAAGGUCACUCACGAUCUCUGCACCAAUCUUCAUGCGGAUUGUGCUUUCAACCAGAAUUACUUUGCAUGGUUUCAAAAGCUUGGUCAUGUGAUCCAUGGCGGCUACUUUGUUCGUUCUAUUGCCUUCUUAUAUAUAUGUAGCGUUAUUUUUUCUUCCAUCGUGCAGUUGCAAUUAGUUGGCGAAUAGACAUGACAAGAAAUUGUUUGAUUUCACGGGGGCACAUCCUUUUCUGUCUUUUCCUCUUCAAUAAUAUUCUUGACGCUGCCAGUACAAGAAAAUUGAUGCUUGGGAGUGGUGUGAUUACUCAUGAAAUGGGAAAUGGACUUCCAGACUACUCAAACUUUAAAAAGGAAGUUCAUCGUUUAGAGUUCACGAUUGGAGGUUACGGGGGAGUAUCAGCUGGUGGUGGUGUCGGGACUAAGGGAGGAGCCUUUGGCUCAGGUUCUGGGUCUGGUGGGACUGGAGGUGGUGGAUUUGGUCCGGGCAUUGGUUAUGGAUCGGAUGGUGGCUUUGGACCUGGAAUUGGGUAUGGCUCAGGUUCAGGCAUUGGUGGUGUGAGUGGCGGGUUCGGUGGUUCAGUUGGCAUUGGAGGUGGUGGUGGAAUAAGUGGGUCAGGUGGUAUUGUGGGCAGCGGUGGCGGUGUACUAGGCGGUUCAGGUGGCAUCGUGGGUGGCAUUGGCGGUGGAGUAGGUGGUGUUGUGGGCAAUGGUGGCAGAGGACUAGGCAAUUCAGGUGGUAUUGUGGGUGACAGUGGCGGUGGAGUAAGAGGGUCGGGAGGUACGGGUGGUGGUUAUAGUGGUUCGGGAGGCACGGGUGGUGGUUAUAGUGGUUCGGGAGGCACAGGCGGUGGUUAUAGUGGUUCGGGAGGCAUGGGUGAUGGUGUUGGUGGUGGUUAUGGAGGCAACAUGAAUAGUCCUUGAUUAAUGAGUAAAGCGUAUUUGAGCAAUGAACAACUCACACUAAGAUGAUAAACUGACAAAUUUUUCUUAAUUAAGAAGACAAAUAAAGAUAAUUGUUCCGUUUAUGUUUUUAUAGUUAAUGCAACAGAGAAAAGAGCACUAUUUUUCUA